AAAUAGUGGUGAUGUCAUGCGGGCAAGAUGGCGGAAGGGGAGGACGUAGGCUGGUGGCGGAGCUGGCUGCAGCAGAGCUACCAGGCAGUCAAAGAGAAGUCCUCCGAAGCCUUGGAGUUUAUGAAGCGAGACCUGACAGAGUUCUCCCAGGUGGUGCAGCAUGACACGGCCUGUACCAUCGCAGCUACGGCCAGUGUGGUCAAGGAGAAGCUGGCCGCUCGCCUCUAUUGCCUGCAGUCAGACCCAGCAACCUACUGCAAUGAACCAGAUGGUCCCCCGGAAUUGUUUGAUGCCUGGCUUUCCAAGUUCUGCUUGGAGGAGAAGAAGGGGCAGAUCUCAGAGCUCCUUAUAGGCAGCCCCUCCAUCCGGGCCCUCUAUACCAAGAUGGUCCCAGCAGCUGUUUCCCAUUCCGAAUUCUGGCAUCGGUAUUUCUAUAAAGUCCAUCAACUAGAGCAGGAGCAGGCCCGGAGGGAUGCCCUGAAACAGCGGGCAGAACAGAGCAUCUCUGAAGAGCCUGGCUGGGAGGAAGAAGACGAGAUGCUUGGGAGCGUUUCACCCACAUCUCUAAAAGAGGCGAAGGUCCCUGUGACCAAAACUUCCACUUCACCAGAAGGAAGAGCUGGACCGCAGAUCCCGUGUGAAGAGAAGCUGCUGACUCCAGUUGAGACCCCAGCAGAGGUGACUCCAUCAGAGAGCAGUGAAAGCAUCUCCCUUGUGACCCAGAUUCCCAACCCUGCCGUCUCACCUGAGGCACCAGUGCUUCCCAAAGACCUGUCCCAAAGGCUUCUGGAGGCAUCGCUGGAGGAACAGAAUCUGGCUGUGGAUGCGGGCGAGACUGGACCUCCACCACCAUCUCCCCCCAAGCCCCUAAACCCUGCUGGCCGCCCCUGUGGUCCAGAACCCAGGCCUUCGGCCAGAGUAGAGACUCUAAGGGAGGAGGCGCCCACAGACCUACGGGUGUUUGAGCUGAACUCAGACAGUGGGAAGUCCACCCCCUCCAACAACGGAAAGAAAGGCUCAAGCACAGACAUCAGUGAGGACUGGGAGAAGGACUUUGACUUGGACAUGACCGAAGAAGAAGUGCAGAUGGCACUCUCCAAAGUGGAUGCCUCUGGAGAGCUGGAAGAUGUGGAAUGGGAGGACUGGGAAUGAGGGGUGCCAGAGCAAGCAGCUCCCUCACGCACAGCGCCUUUCACCUCUUUUGCUCACCUCAGCCUGGCUCUGGAAGACACUGACUAUGAAUGUCCCCCAAAUGGCCUCUGUCAACCAGAGCUCUGGGCACAGAUUCUGGGUUGCUCCCUGCUGACUCUUUGACACCUAAAGGGGACCUCUGUCCACACCUGCAAAGGGGCUCUCUGCAUCCAAGCCAGGAACUCUGACUUGUGCCAAUCAUACGAGACCUACCCUUUUCACCAGAAGAGCCUACGUUUCUCAGCUUAACACCCACUGUUCUGGAAACUCCUGCUGGGAAGUCCCAA